AUGGAGCGCUGGGAGCAAGUAUAUGGCGAGUACGUCAGCAAGCUGGCAUAUAAUUGGCCCAGAAAAGUCCAGGAAUCGUCUUUGACCCCUACACCGGUAGAGUUAUAUCGCACUGUCUUGAGUUCUGCCGAGGAUGAGAGCAUUCACAUCAUCUCCAUUGGUGGACUUGACAAUCUUGCCAAUCUUCUCAAGUCUGAAGCAGACCAGAUAAGUCAUCUAUCGGGCUCCCAACUUAUCUCAGCCAAAGUCAGCGAACUAGUAGUCAUGGGAGGGCAAUAUCCGUCGGGCUGGGAGUAUAACUUUGGCGGUAUAGACCCGAAAAGCACGGCAGACGUCGUCAAUCAUUGGCCAAAGAAUGUCAAAAUCACCUACUCCGGCGGUGAGCUGGGUGGCAAUGUUUUCUCCGGGGAAAACUUCGCACAGCGACUUUCUUCAGAUUCUCCAGUUCUCAGCGCCUACCAAUGGUAUGUCGGUCGAGGUUCCACCAUUCGUGAGUCUUGGGAUCCCAUCACGAUGCUGUAUGGCAUCUUGGGGCUAGACUGGAUCUCAAAGCUGAAAAUCCGCCCAAUGCUUGCUUAUGCAAAUGAGUAUGGCUACAACAGCAUUAAUGCAGCCAAUGGAUCGAAUGCGUGGGUCAACGAUACGGGCGUAACUAACCAGCAUUGGCUGCGCCUCUCAGACGGAGUAACAAAUAGUAGUCUGGCGAGAUUACUUGAUGAUAUUAUGACUCGUAACCCUUCUGCCGGAUGCUGUUUCCAGUAUGGAACGCUCGACGAUUUGUGA